AUGUCGGAGACGCUACCAUUGCCACAAAAAAAAUAUUACAGACAACGUGCACAUUCGAAUCCCAUAGCGGAUCACUGUAUGGAAUAUCCUGUCAAACCGAAUUUAAUGAAUUGGAGUUCGUUAUAUCCACAUUAUUUUCCAAAUAAUGCAGAAGAGUCUAAAGAAAACAAUAUUACACAGAAAUCUAUACAAUUUGUAGACAUUGGUUGUGGUUAUGGAGGAUUAUUAGUUACUUUAUCACCUAUGUUCCCUGAUAAUUUAAUCCUUGGUAUGGAGAUCAGAGUAAAAGUUUCUGACUAUGUUAUGGAUCGUAUAGCUGCAUUAAGGUCACAAAAUCCUGGACAGUAUCAGAAUAUUGCAUGCUUAAGGACUAAUGCAAUGAAAUAUUUACCAAAUUACUUCCACAAAGGCCAGUUGAAGAAGAUGUUUUUCUUGUAUCCAGAUCCACAUUUUAAGAAGUCAAAGCAUAAAUGGAGAAUCAUAAAUAAAACACUUCUUGCAGAAUACGCUUAUGUAUUAGCUGAAGGGGCCAUUGUAUACACAGUAACAGAUGUAAAAGAUUUACACGAAUGGAUGAUACAGCAUUUUCAUGAACAUCCAUUAUUUCAUGAAGUUACAAAAAAAGAAUUGGAUGGGGAUCCUAUUGUGGAGAAAUUAUAUGAAAGCACAGAAGAAGGUCAAAAAGUAACAAGAAACAAAGGAGACAAGUUUUUGGCUGUGUUUAAACGCAUUCCAGAUCCAUUUAACAAAGAAAUUAGUUGA